AUGAAUGAUGAAAAUAUUUCACAAGAAAAACUACAGGGUAUCAGGUCCACAAUCCACCAAUUUUUAUCUCGUGCUAACGUUUACUCAUCCAUUCGAGAUAUAGUUGAUUCAUAUGUGGCGGAAUCUGAGGGAAAGGAAAUUACCCCUAAUGAUGCUAACGAGUUGAUGCAAGUCAUAAAGGAAAAAGGCGUUUUACAGCAGCUAUUAAAACAAGUGCAAGGUGAAAUAUCUUUGAAGAAUCAAUCAAAAACGGUUGAGGCAUUGCAAAAUAUUGCUUCAGAUGAGUACUUUCUCCAUGUUCGUCUGAAUGGAGGAAAAGCUUUUCUAGACAAUUUAAACAUACCACACUUAUCUUUGGAAAGAUACUUCAUGUUUGUAGGCUUGCAGUUUGGUGAUCAACGAUUCUGUUCUUUGCCGAAGGAGUGCGGCAGUAACCCUAAGUUCACUGAUGAUUUCCUUCUUGUUCUUGAUGCAUCUCGUUUAGGGUUUCCACCGGAGGAUCUGAUGGAGAUUUCUACACCGUUUCAUAUUGCAGUUUUUCGUGAGGACAGUUCACUGGGCGUUUCAGAGGUUAUUGGAGAGAAUAUCAUUGAUUGGAGGAAAGUUUUAAAAACUGGAUAUCUUAGCUUAACAGUUGAGCUCUGUGGCCAAAAUUCGGGCAUACCUGCUGGAAUUUUACAAAUGCAGCUUGAAUUAGUUUCACAAAAAAAGAUUUCAUACAGUGAAAAUGAUAUAAUUUCAAGGCUUGAUAGGCAACGGGAGACUAUCACUGCAGCGGAUCGUGAAUUUCUUGUUUAUGCCCGUCGAUGGUGGUAUGAGUACACACUGAACAAAGAAAUGAAAAAACGGAAAGUGAAGCUAUUUGCUAACACAAUGAGUGGCCGAAUGGUUCCAUUGACACAUUUUGUUACGCCGAUUCAGUCAGUAUAUGGUCUUACUUCUCCGUUCAAUGCACUUCGUUUUGUAUCACUAUUAAAAGUCAUUGGGGAAGGUGAAGAAUCAUCCUUUUUUCCAAAAGGGUCCAAUGACUCAGAAACAUGGCUAUCAACUUUUAUUUUUCUUUCCCAGAAACAAGGUCAUCCUUGCAAUCAUGCAAGUUUGUUGUGCUCUCUCCUACUAGGAUUUGGCAUAGACGCCUACUGCGCAAUUGGUUCCGGGCCAAAAAAUGAAACCUCUACAUUUGUACUAUCCAGAUCUAAGACUUCUGAUGGUGUUUUUAAUGUAACUGUUUGGCAACCUGUUACUGGAGAACGUGGAAGCGUUUACGGUAAUCACCCUUUUUUAACAGUGGAUUGCGUUUUCAAUCACAGGUGCUUCUUUGGUAAUUGCCAACUUACCAAUUCUAUUCCAAACAUUUUUUUUGAUUUUGAUAAUGAGGAAUAUUGGAAGCCAAUAAAUCCACUGAAACUUAGGCUUGUACCCAAGUUUCCUAGCCCUCCUAUCCUAUACAUGCCGAUAGUCUGCCACGAACUUGAGAAAUCACUUGAAAAAAAGCUACGCUUCCUCUUGAGGCAUGACAGAGAUUUAAUUGGUCAGACAACAUAUUUUAAUGAUAAUUUAUCAUAUUUACUUGCGCAAGCCCUUGACAACUAUGAGAACCAAUGUGUCACACAAAAAGAGCAGGACUUUUCCAUAUUUGAACAGUGUGUCAAAGGGGUGCUGGGGCCAGGCAAGACAUUCAAAGCUUUGCCACUCAAUCUUUCGAAUGAAUGUGAUACUUAUUUAAUGAGUGUAUUGAAAAAAAGUGAUGUUGGUAAAGAAAUUAUCGAGACUGUUGCUGAAGACGCCAGGUUUGCACUUCGUGUGAGAGUUUUCCCAUAUCCUGAGGGUGUUAAAUCUGUUUGGGCAAUGUUUGCAGUGGAAUAUAGGUUGUUGGAAUAG